CUGCUACACCCAACUCGAUCAGGGUGUAGAAUUUACUGCACCGUUUACGAUCGAGUGCAGAAACGGUGUACUACCUGCGGAAUAAAAGAACGCUGUGUUCCUGCGGCAGCGCCAGAAACAAAAUUACGAAAUUCGGAUCGAACUAUCUCACUUUAAGAUUAUUUAAACAGUGCAGUGUAAAACGAUCAAAAAUGUCCUCAAUUCUCAGUGGUGUAUCGCGAAGCUUGCUCCCUCGAGUUCGGUGUACCGUUCUUCAGUGGCGUCUGGCCAGUGGCGCAACUCCACACGCCACUUCCAGCAGUAGCGAAAAGCCGGCCGAAUUCUACGACAUAAUCAUCGCCGGCGGAGGAAUGGUCGGAACAACGCUGGCCUGUUCAUUGGGUAAAAAUCCCCGCCUGGCGGAUCGCCGAAUCCUGCUGCUGGAGGCGGCCACCGGUUUCAAGCAGCCUUCGACCGAGACCUACAGCAAUCGGGUGUCGGCCAUCAGCAAGGGAACGCACCGUCUCAUGAAGGCCAUCGGGGCGUGGGAACAGAUCGAGGCCACCCGGGUCAAGCCGGUUCUGAAGAUGCAGGUUUGGGACGCGUGUUCCGAUGCGCUGAUCACGUUCAAUUACGACGAUUUGGCGGAUAACAUUUCGUGGAUUGUGGAGAACGAUGUGCUGCUGGCGAGCGUCUAUCGGCAGCUGGAGGGCGUGAAGAAUGUGGACAUCCGGUACGGUGCGAGGAUGGAGGGGUGUGGCUUGAUAAGGGACGGGGCGGAGAUGAGCACGGUUCGGCUCAGCAACGGGGAGCAGUUGCAGUGUGAGCUGCUGGUCGGUGCCGAUGGAUACAAUUCCCUGGUCCGGCGAACGAUGGGAGUGGACAACUUCACACUGGCCUACGACCAGAUGGGAGUGGUGGCAACCCUGAAGCUAGGCGGCGCAGCUGCCAACAACGUCACGGCCUGGCAACGAUUCCUUCCGACGGGACCAGUAGCCUUGUUGCCUCUUAAUGACGAAAUGAGUUCUUUGGUCUGGUCCACUAGCAUUUCGGAAGCAAAGCGAUUGCUACAUCUGGAUGAUCACUCGUUCGUGGCAGCACUCAAUGAAGCUUUGACCAAAUCCUAUCCAAGGAACAACGUCAUCGAAGAAGUUCUAAAGAAUGUAAAUUCGUUCAUCACUUCCACCACGGGCCAACGCUUGGAACAGCCACCACUGGUGGAAGCCGUGGUUGAAAAGUCUCGCGCCGCAUUCCCCCUCGGAUUGGGUCACACCAGCACCUACGUUGGACACGGCGUUUGCUUGAUCGGUGACGCCGCCCAUCGCGUACAUCCCCUCGCCGGGCAAGGCGUCAACCUCGGCUUCGGAGACGUCCAGUGUCUGACGGAUGUCCUGGCGGACGCCAACUACAGUGGCCUCGGCCUCAACAACCUCGCACAACUAGUCAAAUACGAACAGGAACGUCUCCGGCACAACGUUCCCGUAAUUCUGACGACCCACGGUCUUCAGCGACUGUACACGACCGAUUUCCCGCCGAUUGUGGGCCUUCGAAGCAUCGGACUGACCAUCACCAAUUCGCUUCCCCCGGUGAAGAAAUUCUUGAUGAAUUAUGCCAUGUCUUAAAUCCCGUCUCGGCACUCGUGCAACAGAGUUCACCACCUCCUCCAUCACCGCAAUCAUUGUCGUCGUCUUCACCGCAGCACAGAAUACAUACAAGUGGGUAGUUAAUUAGUAACGGAGACAUCGCGAAGUGUCACCGAGGAUCGAUGGGAAGUGGUAAGUAUGGUUUUUCUUUUUGGUGCUCUACGGAAGUGCUUGUAUUCUUAAAAAAAAGAAGAGGUCUUGAAGGAAUCACUUAAAUUAUAGUAUUAAGAUGCGUUCAAUUGUUUGUAUGAAACAUGCCAAAGCGCGGGAUCACAGAAAAGUUUCCUUUUGGAAAAUGUUAAACGAUUGUCUUGAACCAGUACCCAGUGAAUGAUAGUCUUAUUGAAGUAUAUUUGUAUCUUUAAUGCUAAA